AUGUAUUAUCAGGGAGAAUGCAGAACUUCAUUUGAAAGUUUAGCUUUUGUUAAAGGAUACACCCAUUGGGCAGCUCAUGGAGAAUUUGUUUACUCUAGUGCACCAAAACCUAUUUCCCAUGAUAUCUCACAUGGGGUACGGGAUGAACUUGAUGACAUGCAUGGUUUGGUUCAUGAUGCAUUGGGAAUUCCUGAACAAGAUCAUACAAGGAUAGAUGGAACUGAAUACAAAAGCCAAUUGCCCAAUGUAGAAGCUGAAAAGUUUUACAAUCUAAUUGAUAAUUCUAACAAAGAGCUUUACUCUGGAUGUAAAAGAUUCUCAAAACUUUCAUUUAUGAUUCGGUUGCUUCACCUCAAAUGCCUUGGUAAACUCAGCAACAAAAUUUUUGAUAUGUUACUUGAUUUGUUGAAAGAAACCUUUCCGGAUGCGAUGGAUGGUUUGCCUAAGUCUUAUUAUGAAGCUGAAAAGUUAAUGAAGGAAUUAGGACUUGGGUAUGAUAAAUAUGAUGCAUGUCCGAAUGACUGCACUUUGUAUUGGGGGGUAGAUGCAAGAAGAAAGCAUUGUGAAACAUGUAAAGAACCCAGAUGGGUUAAAUCUGAAAAUGAUUCGACUGGUGAGGGAAGAAAAAUACCGCAUAAGGUUUUGUGGCAUUUUCCCCUAAAACAUAGGUUACAACGCCUGUUUAUGUCCUCCAAAAUUGCAGGCCAUAUGAGAUGGCAUACAGAGGGUCGUACUAAGGAUGGUAACAUGAGGCACCCUGCUGAUUCUCCAUCUUGGCAAACAUUUGACUUUCAUCAUCCAGAAUUUUCUCAAGAUUCUCGUAAUGUGAGGUUGGGCCUAGCAUCAGAUGGAUUUAAUCCAUUCAAAAAUAUGAGUUCAACUCAUAGCACUUGGCCGGUAAUAUUGAUGCCAUAUAAUUUGCCGCCAUGGAUGUGUAUGAAACAACCGAACUUUAUAUUGUCAUUGUUGAUACCCAGUCCAUUUGCACCAGGAAAUAAUAUUGAUAUAUAUUUAAAACCUCUCAUAGCAGAAUUAAAGGAAUUGUGGGAUGUUGGAGUGAAUACAUAUGAUGCAUCAAGAAAAGAAAACUUUCAACUUCGUGCAGCACUUUUAUGGACCAUUAGUGACUUUCCAGGUUAUGCAAUCCUCUCUGGAUGGAGCACUAAAGGAAAACUUGCAUGUCCUGUAUGUCAUAAAUACACAUGUUCACAGCAUCUGCAAAAUUGGGGAAAAUAUUGCUAUAUGGGGCAUCGGAGGUACUUGGAAAUGAAUCAUCCAUUUCGCAAAGUUGCUAAAUCUUUCAAUGGAGCUGUAGAGUAUGGAAAACCACCAGGAAGGUUAAUGGGGUCUACAAUUUUAGAUGAGUUAGCUGGUUAUAGUAUUAAACUUGGGAAGAAAGUUAGUGACAAUCCAGAAUUGCCAUUUAAUUGGAAAAAAUUAAGUAUUUUCUUUGAUUUGCCCUACUGGAAAGACAAUAUGAUACGCCAUAAUCUUGACGUUAUGCACAUUGAGAAGAACAUUUGUGAGAUCAUUAUGGCUACAUUAUUGAAUCUGGAAAAAACCAAAGAUAAUAAAAAAUCACGUCUUGACCUUCGUGAUAUGGGUAUAAGAUCAUAA